CUACACACCGCAAAAUCAUAAACAACAUGACGUAUUCGCCUAGAUGACCCGCCCGCCUGGCGUCACUUCCGCAAAUUGAAGACUUUUAAGUCUUACCGAAUCCUCGGAAUGGUGAACAACCGGAUCACGGAGGAAGGGCAAGGAGAAGCCUACCGGCUAAUCGAGGAUGAUCUCCCUGCUCUGCCACACUCUCCCUCCAAAAAGACCUCUCCUGCCAAGCGAAAACAGUAUUACAUCAACCGCGCCAUCCGUAACUCUGAGUUGACACCUCGAGCCAAGGGACGCAAGAGUCUGCAACGUCUUGAGAAUAAUCGUUACCUGAUGACUCUGCUGGAGAGGGAGGAGUAUACCAGUGAGGAAGGGGAAAACUGCUCUUGUGCAUCACCCAGCAUAUUCUCUGAGGCAUGUAACAAUGAGACAUAUGUGGAGAUAUGGAAUGACUUCAUGAAUCGCUCUGGAGAGGAACAAGAGAAAGUCAUUCUUUAUCUGGAGCAAAAGGUGAGAAGACCCAGAGAAAGGAAUGGAAAAAGGAAAGACAAUAUUAUAGAAUACCCUGCAUACACUCCUGAAGAAUGUUACCGGAGAAUCAGCCGCAGUCUACGUGGUACUCUACGAAAACGCCAGAUUCCCAUGGGGACCUUGGAGUGCCUAGAAGAGGAAAUGCUCUCCUUCUUUUCCGUCAGCCCAGAAUCUGUUUACAUUUCCUUGAUGGAAAACAGCUACCAGCGUCUCCUGCUGCAUGCUGUUUGCCAGUACAUGGAUUUGGCCUCUGCCAGUUCUGACUUCAAAGGCAAACGUCAGAUGCGUGUGGUAAACAGACACCGGGAGUUUAGUCCCCCAGAACUGCUACUCUCUUCCUACCUCCAGAUGAAAUGUUGACCAUGUCUUUGACAUCCAAUGCUGGCUGUUUACCCAAUGGCAUGUUGUUGUUACACUGCUAGGGGCUCUGUCCAUAAAUACUUUGCACAUUGUUAUUGCUGAACAUGGCAGCACUGUACCCAAAGGCAGUCAAAAAAAAAUCAAUUGUAAAGCAGCCUCUAGCUAGCCUUAUGUGCAUUGUGCAAUGAAAGAGGCAUGUUGGUCAUUAUGUGCCAAAUUUUGUAUACUUGCAGAAAACUGAAAUACUUUUCUACAAGUAGGUCCUAUAACUUGGUGCAAAUCAGUGUGCAAAGUCAUGAGAGGACAGAGAACAAGACCAUGUGUAAUGUAUGAUUGUAAAUAUGUAAAUGUAAUUAACUUUAGAUCGACAAGAUCAGUCAAAUUGAAAGGGCUAGAUCUUUCCACAGUGAUAUUACUAAAGGAAAUCCGUGAGCUAUGCUAUUCCUUCUCCUGGUCUUGGUUUACUGGGCAAUGCAUUUUACAAGGGACUCUUUUCACUUUAUUUUUUCUUACACAUGUUUUGCUGCAAAAGGCUAGUUGCACAUGCUCAUGGCAUACUGCAAAUAUGUGUGCAGCAGUGACAGGUAUUAACAUUAUUUAUUGUUACCAUUACUAACAGCCAGUAUGAGUAAGUUUACAAGGGACAUACUAGACCAGUAUUUAAUGGCUGCUUCAGAGUCCUGCACUAACUGCAUUCACAGAAUUGGUAUUGUUCAAAAGAUGUUUUCAGAUCAGAUAUUGUUCAAAAGAUGUUUCAGAUCACCCUAGAUACACUAAAGUAAAAAUAGUUAAAAUAAUUUUAGGGCCAUGUCACACUAGGCAUUUUCUCUACACUCCAUUCUGGUCCAAAAUCAUUGUGCACUUGUUGGGGGUAUUUUAGUGUAAAAACUGCUAUUUGCACUGAAAUUCUGUGUGUGCAGAUGCACCGCCUAUCAGUACACAUUGAUGUCAAGGGAAAAAGGGAGCAAAUUGGUGUUUCCCCCCCCCUAGUGGAGAUACAUUGAUGGAUAAAUCAACUAGAGGGUUAUUUACUAAAAUCCAAAUUUUUCUGAUUAUUUGAAUAAAAAAAGUCUGAUCAAACUAGAAUCCAUGAUUUGACCUUAUUUAUUGUUAAAAAAGCUUGAUUUGAUCAGUUUGGACAAAAACCCAAUACAAUGGAGCAUUCUGAGUUUUUUCAGAUUUUUCCCGAAAACCCCAAUAUGGUCAGAUUUCCGGGCUAAUUCCAGCGCAGACUACAGAAACUUCAAAAUAGGAUAGAAACCUCUGCCAUUGACUUAUACACAACCUCGUUAGGUCUAAGAUGGAGGUUUUUUGGAUUCAGGCUUAAUAAAUCUAAUCAGUUAAAAAACAGAAAAAUUUGAGUUUUGCCACAAAUAGCCUGACCGGAGUUUAGUAAAUAACUCCCCUAGUUUGACUAGCCUGUACUAAUUAAAAAGCACUAAAUAUAAAGUAAUAUAUAUAUAUAUAUAUAUAUAUAAGAAUCAGAAAAGGGUGUCCUUUUAAGAGGGAAUGAAUAUGGCUUAUUAUACCAUCCACUGUGGAUUUUUUGAAAGUAAUACCCAAAACCAUUUUUAGCAUAUAUGUCACCACAAUAAACUAUAAAGCACUUAAAUGAAAAUGGUGUCAGGUUCUAGUUACAGAAAAUGAGUCACCAGAUUAUUUAUUCUGCAUGGGUUCGGCAACUUUUGUAUGAGCAACCAGAGAAAUAAACCCUAGCCCCCCCUCUAUCCCCCUGCACUGCUGCUCAAUUGCCUCCAUUCCAAACUUCCUCGCCACAUCAUCUGUUCAUUUUAAAAGUCUCCCUGUAUCCUGACCUACUAUGAAUCUGCAGAGUUGCACAGCAGAGUUUAAUGGAGCCAUCUUCUGUUUGUCUUCUGAUCCUCUUCUGUUAGUUGUCAAUACGUAUCUUGCGGGAACUUGCGCAGUAGAAGCUUAUUCAGGACAUAGAUUCAGCUGAGCAUGCUCCUCCAAGAUCUAACAGAAAGCAUCAAAGACAGACAGAAGAUGGCACCUAUGAAUGUCGCUGGGCAACUCUACAGAUUUAUAGCAGGUCAAGAGAUAGGGAGACUUUUAAUAAGCAUAGAUGCUGCGGGCAGGGUGCUUGGGGGGGGCAAUGGAACAGGCAGUGGAGGGGGGCUAGGGUUUAGUUCUCCUUUAAGCUGUUUCUGUACUGCAGUUCCUAUGAACUUAAUCUUAAAAAAUCUGAUAUAUUGGUCAGUGCAACAUUGCAUGUUUUCACAACCUGAUAUGUAGAGAGAGAUUUUCUUUUUGUGUAAUUAGUGUGUUUUGUCAGACAAUGGUGAGUUAAAGAGGACCCUCUGUCAGGUCACUUUUAAUUUGUCUCCAUCACUCAACUCUGUUGUAAAGUUCAGAAAAAUAUCAUGUUGCUCACAUAACUGCUAAUUAGCUCUUUAUCAGUCUUCUACAUGUAGAGCUUUGUGGUGUAAUUCUGUAUUUUCUAGUGUAAUAAAUGCAAUCUGGAGUUUGAA